GUUGAAGUGUUGUGUCCAAGUGUUGAACUCAACUUACAGUAGAGACACAGUGUGAGACACAGUGUGCUUCAGUUCAGCACUUGGACAACAAAUCAUCUGUUCAACAUUUUUAGAGUCCUUGUGGCGAAUUUUGUCGUUAUCAUUCCAACUUUUAGUAAUUGUAAGUGGUAUGUAAAUAAGUGAGUAUGGACUCGUCGUCGUCGUCCUGGGUGACUGAGGGGAAGCCAAUUAAAGGCGUCCUUCUCGACAUUUCUGGAGUUUUAAGGGAUGGAAAUUCCGCAAUUCCCGGUUCACUGGAUGCCUUCCAUAAAUUGGUCCAGUCCGGGAUUCAAGUACGCCUCGUCACCAACGAGUCGCAGGUCACGAGGAAAGACAGUCUUGAUAAGUUGACCCGGCUUGGAUUCCAGGGGCUUCAAUUCGACAAAAUUUUCGCCCCGGCGCCACUUUUAGCGGAAGAAUUAGUACGACAGGGUCACCGUCCUCAUCUCCUGGUUCAUCCCAGGGUCAAACCAGAAUUUGCCAUCAUUCCCGAUCUGGACUCUAAUGAGGCGGCGACAUGUGUCGUAAUUGGCGAUGCCUGUGAGCAUUUCACAUACGAUGGGAUGAAUACAGCCUUCCGAACAUUACUCGACACCCAGAAGAGAGGUCUCGAACCGAAACUGUUCACUUUGGGGAGGGGACGAUUCUACAGCCACGACCAGCUCCUCUGGUUGGACGUCGGCCCGUUCUGUGCCGCCCUCGAGUAUUCCUUGAACAUCAAGGCGGAAUUAUUUGGAAAGCCGUCAAAGAUCUUUUUCGACACGGCCGUCGCGUCCAUGGCGUCGGAUGGAAUUUCGCGAGACGAAAUUGUCAUGAUUGGUGACGAUAUCAUUGGCGAUGUAAAAGGUGCUAUGGACGCUGGAAUGCGAGGUGUGCUUGUCCGAACGGGAAAAUUUCGAGCAGCAGUAGACGAAAAUCACGUGUCGGUGAAGCCUAGUGGAAUCGUGGACGAUUUAAGGGCUGCUGUAGACAUGAUUUUAAGUUAAACUUCGUACAUGUUUAGCUAAAUGUUUGUUUGAUAAUUGAGGAUUUCCCAGUUCAGCUUCAUUACUAAAUUAACGAUGCAUAAAUAAGUAAAUACAUAUUUAUAUGUAAUAGAAGUUAAUUCCUGAAACAAAUAUAUUUUUCACAAAUUAUUUUGCAAAACAAUUUUUACUACGUAUUUAGUAUGCAUAAUGUACAGCUAAUUUAGCAACUGCCUCCUCAAUCUUGAAAAGUUUUAUGCACAUAAAUACAUAUUUACAUUACAUAGGUACGUAUGUAUUUAUCUAAUUUGCACAAUGUAUGUCAGCCCGUAUGCAUGCAUGUACAUAUGUACAUAACAUUAUAAACUUCAACAUUGUUUUAUGCAUUCCGAAGUAAGUUGCAAAUAUCAGAAAAAUAUUAAGAAGUCCAAUUCAGACAAUGUAAAAUGAGCGAAUGUAAUCUAUCUAGUAAUAAAUACAUAGUCUUAAAACCAAGAA